ACAGUCUGGAUGUAGAGAACAGUCUGGAUGUAGAGAACAGACUGGAUGCAGAGAACAGUUGUUUUAGCCUAAAAUGCUGCAUGGCUUCUGGAUCUCAGGACGACUUUAUUACUUUUCUGUCUAAACUAGUAAAGCAGAACAUGUUUCCUCAGGUUUAUAUGCAGUAAAUAAAGCAAAGCUUUUUACUGCAUUAAGUAUUUGAAGAAUCAAUUAACCUUUUAAACCUUUUAAACUGCUUCGCAUCUCAUUGGUGGAGUAAAAACUGUUGAUAAUUACAGCUAACUGCUCAGUCAUACGUAUAUUUUAAUGAUGUGUUUUUCUAAAUUCUCUUUCUUUCAGGAUGCUGAUGAUGAAGGAUGACCAUCAAUGUGAGGAAGCGUUUUUACUGACAGACGCCGGCGCUCACAGAAGUUGCUGUGGCCCCAAUAAAUAGCAGAGCUUUGCUCAGAAGCUCUCUUACUGAAAGAGUUUCAGUAUUUUGGUCCCAGAUCACACCAACAAGGACUGCCCAAGUCAUUCCCAAAUACAACAAACAGUUUCCUCUAAAGUUUCUCAAUAUAACUUUCAUUUGUAUUUCUGUGUAUUUAUUAUAAAAGAAUAUAUGUUUUCUAAAUGUUUUGGUGUCCUUUUGUAAAGCACACAUGGGAAGGUUUGUCACUGAUCUAGAGCCAUGUGACCCUGCAGCCAGAUGGGGGCAGACGUGUCCUCUCCUCUGUGUGUGUGGGGGGGGGGUUAUGUCUCUGUGAGGAGGUUCCUGUUGGAGGCUGAAUUCAGUUCUGCUUCAGCGACGUUCAAACGGUCGGAGCAGAGUUGGAAGGAUCAGGCCAGAAGUCAUCCACCCUCGUCUGGACUGAGGAUGGAAGCAAAUCAGAAGCAGAAAAACUCCUGCGGGGUCAUCUGCCUGAAAUAUCUACUUUUCCUCUUUAACAUUUGUUUCUGGCUGGGCGGGGGGGCCAUGCUGGCGGUGGGGGUGUGGACUUUGGUGGAAAACAGCGACUACAUCAGUUUACUGAACUCCAGCUUCUACUCGGCCUCUGCUUACAUCCUGAUCGCCGCUGGAGGCGUCGUGAUUGUGACUGGGAUGAUCGGAUGCUGCGCCACUCUGAAGGAGAGGAGGAGCCUCUUGAUUGUGUAUCUGGUGUUGCUGCUCUCUAUCUUCCUGCUGGAAAUCACUGCAGGAAUCCUGGCUUAUGUUAACAACCAACAGGUGAGUUUAUGUUUUAUCUCCAUCCAGGGAGGAUGCAUUGAGCAACUAGAGCAUUUCCUCAGAAGCCAUUUGUAUAUUCUCGGGGCAGUGGGCGUUGGAAUAGCGUUUUUACAGCUGGUAGGGAUGAUGUUCACCUGUUGUCUUUGUCGAAACCUAAAGGAAGAUCUGUACUGAUGGUGGAAACGCUUUAAAGCUGCAUUUUUGCCUUUGAAUUAUGUAACAACGUUGCUGUAAAGCUGGUUGCUGAAAUGAUGACAGUGUUUAAAAUAGAUGCUACAGAUGGUGUAAUGCUGCUGGACGGCACCAGUCUCUUCUUUUUACCCAAAGAGAAUUCUGCUAAUCUUUCAUUUCAUCAUAAAGUAGGAGGUGAGAUUAAACCUCAGCUUUAAACGAAACAUAGAACAGCAGUGAGAAAUGUAGAAAUGCUGUUUAACCUGCUAGAUUACGCAGCAAUUAGUGACGAAACCUAUUAUAAUAAGUAUGUAAUGAUAUAACUUUGUAUA